GAACACCCUGCAUGCCCGGCCUCCUUCUUCGUCCUGUCUUCGCGGCUCUCUUCCCAGACGACGGCGGCGCCUUAGCGCGGAGCCCGGGCUACGGUUGCUCCCCUGGCCAGCAGGCUCCCGAUGGAGGACGGAGGCUCCCCUGAGAGCCCGGCUGUGCGGACUGCCACUGAGCCCAGCGAGUCCCUGUCCUCAGCCCACAGACACCUGAGCAGAAGGAAUGGGCUUUCGAAGCUCUGCCAGAGCAGGAUGGGCCUCUCCGAAGACAAAUGGAACUCCUAUUGUCUGUCGUCUUUGGCUGCCCAGAGCAUCUGCACCAGCAAACUACAUUGCCUGGUGCCGCCAGAGCAGACCGACCUGGCCGGGUCCCUGGGCAGUGCGUCCUGCUGCUCCCUGCUGCGGGGCUUGUCUUCGGGGUGGUCCAUGCCCCUGUUCCCGACCCCCGUGUGCAACCCAAACAAGGCAGUGUUCACCGUGGACGCCAAGACCACAGAGAUCCUGGUUGCCAACGACAAGGCUUGCCAGCUCCUGGGGCACAGCAGCCAUGACCUGAUCGGCCAGAAGCUCACGCAGUUCUUCCUGAGGCCUGAUUCCGAUGUGGUGAAGGCCCUCAGCGAAGAGCACAUGGAGGCUGAUGGCCGAGCCGCUGUUGUGUUUGGUACAGUGGUGGACGUCGUGGGUCGCAGUGGGGAGAGGAUCCCGGUGUCUGUGUGGAUGAAGAAGGUGAAGCAGGAGCACAGCCUGUGCUGUGUGGUCGUACUGGAGCCUGUGGAGCGGGUGUCGGCCUGGGUCGCUUUCCAGAGCGAUGGCACCAUAACAUCCUGCGAUAGCCCGUUCGCUCUCCUGCACGGGUACACGUCUGGGGAGGAGGUGCUUGGGCAGCCCAUCACAGACUUGAUCCCUUCUGUGCAGCUCCCUACCCCUGGCGAGCCUGUCCCCCAGAAUCUCAAGAUUCAGAGGUCUGUCGGGAGAGCCAAGGAUGGCACCACCUUCCCUCUGAGCUUAAAACUGAAAUCUCAGUCCAGCAGUGAGACGGUGGAAGAUGACCGCACCAUCCCCAAGUGGGGUUACUCAGCGUCCAUCUGGGUCUUCUCCACCAUCAGCGGCCUCAUCACCCUCCUGCCUGACGGAACCAUCUAUGGCAUCAACCACAGCUUUGCUCUGAUGCUAUUUGGUUAUGGGAAGACUGAGCUCCUGGGCAAGAAUAUCACUUUCCUGAUUCCCGGCUUCUACCAUGGCAUGGGCCUCGCGUGUGACACUUCCUUCCCACUGCCAGACAUGGCCGACCAGAGUGGGCCUGGGGUGACAAGCCUGGGCCCCCGGCAGAGCCGGAACCGGGCUGGCACGGGCGUGGAUCCAAGGGCUCCCAGUGCAUCUGUUGGAGAGCACGUUCUGCCACAAGGGGAGACCCUAGAGCCAGUGGAAAGAAGCCAAGAAGACUUCCCUAGGACCUGGGCCCAAGCUGACCCUGGAGGCCGCCUCCCUUCUUCCCUCCCAUGUCUGCCCACUCCAGGAGUGGACAGUAUCCUAGAAGGAGGCCCACCAGCCCAGGAACGGUCCUCACCCGAGGACCAGCGAGACAUCCCAGAAGGAAUCCCACCAGCCCAGGAAAGGUCCUCACCCGAGGACCAGCGAGACAUCCCGGAAGGAAUCCCACCAGGCCAGGAAUGGUCCUCAUCCGAGGACCAGCGAGACAUCCCGGAGGGAAGCCCACCAGACCAGGAAUGGUCCUCACUUGAGGACCAGCGAGACAUCCCAGAAGGAAGCCCACCAGCCCUUACUCAACAGUCAUCACCCAAAGACCAGCCGAAUCCUCUUUUGGAGAAAGAGAAAUCUGCAACCCCAGAGAGCCAGAGACAGGAUCUUGUGGAAAGAAGUGGGUCUGACCCAGUGGACACAUGGAUGUCUGCUUCCUGUGAAGCAUCUGAGGACAGGAGCGGGCAGACUGAAAUGAGUAGGCUGUAUCAGGAGGCACAGCCAGAGUGGACAAGUUCGAGCAGUGCCCAUCAUUCAAACUGUUGGGUUGAUUCCUUCACGUCCAAGCCCCAUGCCACAGGCCAGCUGGCAGGGGAGGGCCUCCUGCUGCCCUGCCCUGGAUAUGGGGGUGAGCAGAGCACGCAGUCAGGAAGCCCCCCCGGGACAGCACGACUCCCGUUCUCCACACCUGCCCUAGAUGAGCUGUGGGUGGCCGUGGAGAAUGACCGCGAGGAGCUACAGACCUGCUUGAUUAAGGAGCAGCUGUCCAAGUUGAGCCUUGUGGGACCGCUGGGAGUCUCCUACACUGAGCUGGCCCCAGCAGAGCACCCCCGAUGCUCUGCCCCUGUGUCCUUGUGUGACCUGGGAAGCAGAGGCCUGUCUAGCCGAGCGGGCAGCUCCUCAGCCUGCUAUGCUCUGGCCACAGACCUCCCUGGUGUCCGGGACACAGUACAGGCCCAGGAGGCUGAUGGGAAUGCUUUCUCCUGGAACCUCAAGGAGCUCUUUCUCGAUGAAUGGACAGAUCGAACUUCCUCCAACUGUUCCUACGCCACGUCUGAGCUUGUGGGGACGCCGUCUCCUUCGCCGGUGGGCUCUGAUGCAGACAUGAGUGGUCUGCACUGGCAGGGAUCCGAUGUUCUGGAUGACCGAGAACUGCUGCUCCUGACUGGCACUUACUUCGAUCUUGGGGAGGCUCGGCAGUUUCACGAGAGCCAUCUGGUGCCGGAUCUGGUAGAGCCCUCUGAGACGUGUCUGGUGUCCUCGGAACACUAUGAAGUCAGCGGCAGAGAGAGCCAUGCCUGUAUCCUUCCCACGCUGGGGGCUGGCCCCGUAGAUGUGUGUCCAGCAGAAGAGCCCCGGCUAAGCUUCCAGGUCACCUCAACGCCUGUGAGAGCGGACAGCCCAGCGACAUCUGGGGCCACCUGCGUGCAGCAGGAGAUCCAGGAGGGGACCUAUGCCGGCAGCUGCCACCACCGGGACGGAGCUCAGCUGAGUGUGCAGUUUGAGGUGAAGCGGGUAGAGCUCCAGGGCUCCUCGACCCUGUUCUGCUGCUGGCUCGUGAAAGACCUGCUGCACAGCCACUGGGACUCGGCCACGCGCACGCGCCUGCUCCUGGCCAGCCUGCCCAGCUCCAGCCACUCCAUGUGCGAGCUUUCUGGACCCAGCGUAGGGGAGAUACUCAGAAGCAAGCCCUGGUUUGAGGAGCCCCCGAAGGCUGUGGAGCUGGAGGGGCUGGCGGCCUGUGAGGGCGCCUACUCCCACAAGUACAGCACGCUGAGCCCGCUGGGCAGCGGUGCCUUUGGCUUCGUCUGGACUGCGGUGGACAAGGAAGCCAACAAGGAGGUGGUGGUGAAGUUUAUUAAGAAGGAGAAGGUUUUGGAGGAUUGUUGGAUCGAGGAUCCCAAACUUGGGAAAGUUACUUUGGAGAUUGCGAUUCUGUCCAGGGUGGACCACGCCAAUAUCAUCAAGGUUUUAGAUGUAUUUGAAAACCAAGGGUUCUUUCAGCUGGUGAUGGAGAAGCAUGGCUCUGGUCUGGACCUCUUUGCCUUCAUUGACCUCCAUCCCAACCUUGAUGAGCCCCUGGCGAGUUACAUCUUCCGACAACUAGUGGCGGCAGUGGGCUACCUGCGCUCCAAGAACGUCAUUCACCGGGACAUCAAGGACGAGAACAUCGUCAUUGCCGAGGACUUCACAAUCAAGCUCAUCGACUUUGGCUCUGCCGCCUACUUGGAGAAGGGCAGACUGUUUCACACGUUCUGUGGGACGAUCGAGUACUGCGCCCCUGAAGUCCUCAUGGGAAACCCAUACAAGGGGCCAGAGCUGGAGAUGUGGUCUCUGGGGGUCACACUGUACACGCUGAUCUUUGAGGAGAACCCCUUCUGCGAGCUGGAGGAGACCAUGGAGGCCACGAUCCACCCCCCAUACCUGGUGUCGGAAGAUCUCAUGAACCUCAUGUCCGGGCUGCUGCAGCCUGUCCCCGAGCAGCGCACCACUCUGGAGAAGCUGGUGACAGACCCCUGGGUGACACAGCCUGUGAAUCUUGCUAACUACACCUGGGAUGAGGUGUGUCGCAUGAACAAGCCAGGUAAGACGCAUGACAUGUGCAAAGAAGGUAAGGAGGAGUUUCCCAGGUGAUCUUCCUGGGUCUGGGGAGGAGGCAGCUCCCUCCUCCAU